GCGCUCAAGUAGCCGACGGAGAGGGCCGCCGCCCAGCAGUAGACGCUGUCUCAGUCAGCCGAGCCGCAGACUUCGCGGUUUUGAGUGAGCCCGGGCUCGGUCCCCUCUCCCGGCCGCCGCCAUGGGCUGCACGUUGAGCGCCGAGGACAAGGCGGCGGUGGAGCGGAGCAAGAUGAUCGACCGCAACUUGCGGGAGGACGGAGAGAAAGCGGCCAAAGAAGUGAAGCUGCUGCUACUCGGUGCUGGAGAAUCUGGUAAAAGUACCAUUGUGAAACAGAUGAAAAUCAUUCAUGAGGAUGGCUAUUCAGAGGAAGAAUGUAAACAAUAUAAAGUAGUUGUCUACAGCAAUACUAUACAGUCCAUCAUCGCAAUCAUAAGAGCUAUGGGACGGCUAAAGAUUGAUUUUGGGGAAGCUGCCAGAGCAGAUGAUGCCCGGCAAUUAUUUGUUUUGGCUGGCAGUGCUGAAGAAGGAGUCAUGACUCCAGAACUAGCAGGAGUGAUUAAACGGUUAUGGCGAGACGGUGGGGUGCAAGCUUGCUUCAGCAGAUCCAGGGAGUAUCAGCUCAAUGAUUCUGCUUCAUAUUACCUAAAUGAUUUGGAUAGAAUAUCCCAAACCAACUACAUUCCAACUCAGCAAGAUGUCCUGCGGACAAGAGUAAAGACCACAGGCAUUGUGGAAACGCAUUUCACUUUCAAAGACCUGUACUUCAAGAUGUUUGAUGUAGGUGGCCAAAGAUCAGAACGAAAAAAGUGGAUUCACUGUUUUGAGGGAGUGACAGCAAUUAUCUUCUGUGUGGCCCUCAGUGAUUAUGACCUUGUUCUGGCUGAGGAUGAGGAGAUGAACCGAAUGCAUGAAAGCAUGAAACUGUUUGACAGCAUUUGUAACAACAAAUGGUUUACAGACACUUCAAUCAUCCUCUUCCUCAACAAGAAAGACCUUUUUGAGGAAAAAAUAAAGAGGAGUCCAUUAACUAUCUGUUAUCCAGAAUACACGGGUUCCAAUACAUAUGAAGAAGCAGCUGCUUAUAUUCAGUGCCAGUUUGAAGAUCUGAACAGAAGAAAAGAUACCAAGGAGAUCUAUACCCACUUCACCUGUGCCACAGACACCAAGAAUGUGCAGUUUGUUUUUGAUGCUGUUACAGAUGUCAUCAUUAAAAACAACUUAAAGGAAUGUGGACUUUACUGAAAAGAGGUGGAUGUUAAUAAAAGUUAUUACAGUGUGGAGUGUUGAGACCAGACUUCUUUUGCUGUCUCAUUGGGCAGCUACAAGCAUGAACGGGACCAGGGAAUGGCAGCAGCAUGCAGAAUCUUAGCACUCUUUAGCACAAUCUUCUGUAUUAGGGAACUCUUAAUUGACACGAGAUGCUAAAGUCAGACAUUGGAAUUGGAACAGCUGUAAAGUAUGAUUUGAUCAUCAAGACAUCACUUGGAUUUCAUAAUCUCAAAUGUUUAGGGCUGAUGUGAAGUUGAGGUGCUGCAUUCCAGAACUUUAAUAUGUAGCUUAUUCUUUUUUUCCUUAACAGACCACCAGUAGUUCAUUUUUAAAGAUUUGUUUUUUUUUUUUUCAUCGAGAGAAUAACGUGACUAAAUUUUAUUUGUUUGCAAAAGAAUCUUUAUUAAAACACAAUCUUAACUAUGCACACGAUGUGGCCAGAUCAUCUUAAAAAUUUUCCUCUUAGUAGGAACUCUUUGUUUUUAACUUUUGGUAUGGUCAGAACAUAAUAUUUCCAUAAUUACUUAAUUCUUUACGGUUAUUGGGGCUAUGAUUGUAGCUUUUUUGGAUGAAAUUUACGUUACUCUCCUGUUCAAAGUACCAUUAUGGUUUCUAAAUGGUAAUUACAUUGGAGAGUUCUGUAAUAAGACUCUAGCUCUCUAACUUUUGUUUAAGCUUAUGGUGUAAGGUUAACCUGGUUUAUGCUGAUUACCAAAUCAUUAGGUAAAUGUUGAUGUAGUAUGUAAAGUUAGCUUCUUGGAUACAGACACAGCCAGGGCAGCUGUUGAUUAGAAAUGCGAAUUGCUAAAUUCCAAACAGAAACAGUGACUUUGCUGCUACAGAUUUACUAAAUUGACCACUUUGGUUCUUGCUUGUUUGUCUCAGUCAUAGGGAGUUCUGUAAAAAAAGAUGCCCCUUGUUUUCCAUCUUCCAUGGCCUUUUCUGUUGGGAAACAUCUAAAGUGUAUUAACAAUGCAUGCUUUUACUUUGUAAAUGUGGUGCCAAAUCCCUGUUUGCCAUUGUUUUUAUUGUAGCAAUGUUAAUUGUAGUAAUCCUUAGUCAGUACCUUCUUUUGCCGAAACUAUUGCAUUUUGGGACUUUUUCCACAAUGUUGUGUGUACAGAUUUUAAUCUGUAAUAGUUGGCAGCAGUAUUAAAAUGGUGAGUAAAGAGUCCAGGUUUGUUCCUGUUUGUAACUAGUUCUUUCUGGAAAUAUUUUCUUCUGUUUCUUUUUGUCCCCACUGAAUGUGCUUUGGCCUUUGUCUAAGAAUGGGUUUAGGUAGAGGGUUCCCUGAAGGGCUAGUCUUCUGGUGUAGUGGUAUUGUUGAAGCUUGGUCUGACUGAGGGUCUUAUGUCCUAUCUGUGUAAGUGACAUGCAGUCAUAAUCCAUUUUCCAGGUUUACAUUUUGGUUUUGUGGAGAGCUUUAUUCACCUCAGCCUGCAGGUCCUUUUGUAUAAUGUACAGCAAAUGUCCUUAAAUACUGAGUGGGCCUUUGGGGGAAGGCAGAUAAAGAGAAUGCAUUUUGAGCAUUCCAGAUCAACAGAUUGAGCAGUGCCUUUUGGGGUCCAGUCUUUUUGGAUUGGAUUCUGUGUCAUUUUUUGAUGUAAUCUUUUACUAGUUUAAAACAAAACAAAAAGAUUGGUGAUCAUCAAAGCUGGUUCAGAAAAGCAAGUGACAGCAGUUCAGUGCCUUUAUUGGAAUUUUUUUCUUACUCUUUUUGGAAAAGUAUAACUAUGCAGAUGGUAUAACUGUUAUUAUCUGAACAGUUUUUUUUUUUUAGGGUUGGGAAAACUGGAUCUAAAAGAAAACGAUCAGCUUCAAUUGGUGAUGAUUAACUUAUGCCCACAUAAGUUGAUAGUCCAUGUACAUUUUGAAUAUAUCUUUUCCUCACUGUAUUCUGUGAUACAGGAUCAUCUGGAAAUGAGAAUUGGUGGAAAAUUGUUUUAACUAGUUUUUCUACAGUCAGAGCUAAUGGGAUGAUAUUGUUGAUGAUCCAAAAUAACAAAUAAUCUAAGUUAAUUAUACUUUUUUAAUUAUACUUUGAAAUGCACUUUGUAUUUUCAUUCAAAUAUGUCUGUCUGAUAUGUUCAUUUUUUAGCUUUUCUGUUAAUGAAAAAUGGUAGUUCUCCA